CCUUAAUUCUAAGGAGCGCGCGCGCGUUUCAUCUUCGGGACUCAGUAGUGGAGCAUGCGUUUCCGUUGCCGUUGAGGUGGGAAGCCUGCAAAGAAGUCCCGGAUGUGCGCUGCCUCUCCACGCCCAGCGUUCGCCACACUUUAGGCGCAUGCGCAUUCUGCGGAGCGUUGUUUCCUUGGCAGCUGUUGUUUGUUUUCAGCAAAACUAGCGCGAGAGGCCGCGGAGGGGGAUGAGGAAGAAACCAAGUGGCGGGGGGGAGAAGGGGCAGCCGCGGCAGUCGCAGCCCUAGUUCCAGGCCGUGCCGGAGACCCGGUCAAAGUGUCCUUUUGGGGUGGCUACCUCUUGAGCCAACUGAAGACAAAAAGUUUUCAGCAUUUUUCUUGAAUUGUGGACAUCAGAACUGGACACAGUAUUCUAAUGAUGGUCUGCACUAGUGCCAAAUAAAAAGAAUGUUGAAUUUUAAGAAAGAAAGGUGUAGUGUAUUGAGCCAUUCUUAAUAUAGGACUGAAAAUGCCACCAGCAGAGAGUGAGGCAAAGGCAAAAACCAAAGUUCGCUUUGAGGAAAUAUUCAGGAGUCAUUCUGGGCUAACAGAAAAAAAAUCAAAGCGGCAACAAUUUCACUCUCAUGAGAAUAUUAUGCUUGACACCUUUAGAAAUAAUCUUGAUCUAGCUAAAGAAAGUGGAAAUGAUGAGGUAAUUAUAAACAACACUUAUAAUCCUGAGGAAAAGAGCCCCCGGUUUACAAAAAACAAACUAAGAGACAAAGCCUCAGUUGCAGAAAAAAUAAACAAUGAUGUUGUUAGUGGAGAAGAAAACAAGCAACCAAAGUCUAACAAGAAGAAAAAGAAAGCAGUGUUACAAGAACAAUUUAAUGAGGAGGAAAAUGUAUCUGAAACUAAAUUGGAGAGUUUUGAAAAACAGAUUACUGAUUUUCCAAAGAAAAAAACAAAAAGUAAAUCACAAACAGAUGCAUCUCAUCAAAAAGGUAACAACAAGAUAAAAAGUAUCUUGAAUGAAGCGAGAGCUGUAACUGAAUUAGAAGAGGAAGAAUGGCUAAUUCAAGCCUAUCAGCUGCAAGUGGCUGAGGAUGAGGGAAAUGCAAUUAAGGAGAAAAUAAGAAAAAAACUUAAAGAACAGAUGUCUGAAUUCACCUCCAGUGUUCAAAGCCAAAAAGUUGUAUUGAACAAUGAAGUGGGCAAAAAGAAGAAAAAGAAGAAAGAAGUGCCAGUUGCAUCUGAAGCUGAAACAAGUGCGAUGUCCCUUACUGAACUACAGCAUGACCCAGUGAAAGAUGAUACCAGAAAAAAGUCAUCAGGAAGACUGCUUGUAUCCUACUUUAAAGAUGAAAUGAACACAGAGGAACACAAGGAGGAGGAAGAUGUGGAAAAACUGAAACCUAAAAUGAAAGCAAAAAAGAAAUCUAAAGCAUUAGAAGAAAACACAGAAAUUGCUGCAGAAAAUAUACAGGAAAUGAACAGUCCAGAAAUUUGUACUCAGUCCAAACUUGCUUUUGAUGACAGUCUUGUGUUAGGGGUUUCCAUCCAUCGAACUGAUAGACUUAAAACUGAUCUCAUGGUUUCGCAUCCCAUGGUCAAGAUUCAUGUGAUUGAUCAGAAAACUGGUUUGUAUGUCAAGAAAGAGCAUAGCAGCCGGGCGGUUUCAUCUUUUUAUGAACAAGAGCGAGUGGAGCACAUUCUUCCUAUUAUGACCCAGCCUUAUGAUUUCCGACAAUUUAAAUCAACACUUCCAGAAUGGGAGGAACAAAUCAUAUUUAAUGAACGUUUUAGUUAUUUCCUUCAAGAUGCUGAAGAAAGCCCCAAAGUAGUCCUGUUUUUUGAGAUUCUUGAUUUCUUAAGCAUGGAUGAAGCAAGAGCCAACUCUGAAGUGCAAAUUCAGGAAAGUGGUUUUCACAAAAUCUCUUGGGCAUUUCUAAAGCUUGUAGGUGCAAACGGAGUCUUAAAUAUUGAUGGGAAACUACGUCUGCAAUUAUAUUAUCCACCUCCAAGGACCAGGACACAGUCAAAUGUUGUUGAGGUUUUUGAUUGGUGGGAAAAAGGUCCUAGAAAUCGUUACCCAUCAACAUUAUAUGUAACUAUAAAAGGCAUAAAACUACCAGAUCAUGUAGAUCCUUCUUUCCGUUCUAUGAUGGCUGUUCAGCAGGAACAAGGCAGCACGUCAUUCUGUGAGCUCCAGAAUGAGGUAUCAAAAAAAGCUAGUGUAUAUAGUCCACAUGAGAGAAAGGAGCAAUUGAAAUGGAUGAGACUGCCUGGACAGGCUUGUCGUAUACCAAACAAGCAUCUCUUUUCACUGAGAGCAGGAGAUAUGGGCUGUUUCUGUAUUCGUUUUUCUCAAGAUGGAAAAACAUUAGCAGCAGCAUGUGCAGGGAGAGAUGGUUAUCCCAUUAUUUUAUACGAGAUUCCUUCUGGACAAUACUUGAGAGAAUUUUAUGGCCACCUUAAUAUUGUAUAUGAUCUUUGUUGGUCAAAAGAUAAUGAGUACCUCCUUACUGCAUCCUCUGAUGGCACUGUCAGAAUGUGGAAAAUUGAGACCCAGGCUACAACUUCUGUGAGAGUUUUCCCUCAUCCUUCAUUUGUUUACACUGCAAAAUACCAUCCAGUUGCUGACUAUCUUGUGGUGACAGGCUGUUAUGACUCUGUGAUUAGGGUAUGGAAUACAAAAGUGAAAGAGAUCUAUGGUCAGUUAAUACAGGAGUUCGAUGGUCACAAAAGUUUCAUCAAUACACUAUGUUUUGAUGCAGAAGGACUUCACAUGUUCUCAGGAGACAGCUCAGGGCUGAUUAUAGUUUGGAAUACCUUUGUCAAAGGAAGUUCUCAACAUCCUGUCCAACAUUGGGGUAUAAAUAAGGAAAUAAAAGAAAAUGAUAUUAAAGGGACUCCAAUAAAUCAUCUAGAGGUACAUCCGAAUGGAAGACGUUUAUUAAUCCAUGCGAAAGACAGUGUUCUGAGAAUUAUGGAUCUCAGAAUCUUGGCUACAAAGAAAUACAUAGGUGCCACAAACUAUAGAGAGAAGAUUCACAGUACCUUAACACCAUGUGGGACAUUUCUUUUUUCUGGAAGUGAAGAUGGUAUAGCAUAUGUUUGGAAUCCAGAAACAGGUGAUCAAGUAGCCAUGUAUUCUGACCUCUCCUUCACAUUUCCAGUUCGAGAUGUCGCCUUUCAUCCACAUGAACACAUGGUGUCAUUUUGUGCCUUUGGUCAAAACCAGCCAAUACUUGUGUACAUUUAUGAUUAUAAAGUUGCACAGCAGGAGGCUGAAAUAGUAAAAGAUCUCAAUGGGUCACUCGCAUCAACAACAUCCAGAGGGCCACAAAUUCUUAGCAAUUCUUCUCAUAUUUCUGCACAGAAAGAUUCAACAAUAUCUCCAGCAAAUAAAUUCAUCAGUGUUGCAAGAGUAUCUAUGAGAAUGCAGAAAGUGAAGCAGAAACUUGACUCUGUUAUGACCAGCUCAAAUCUCGUGCUUCCGGCUCCAUCACUGCUCUCGCCACACUCCAAGUUAAGGCUGCCAAGUACUCUGGGCACUUCACUGAUUCCUCCGUAUCCUUUCACUACUCAAAACGGACUAUAAUUGAAGGAAUGAAGCAAGAUUUUUAGAAACCCCUGCCUUUUCCACAUGGCAUGCAAGUUUCACUUUGAAGAUGCUCAGAACCCACCCACCAGGCCUUUCAGGGUCUGAAACAAUGGAAUACCUGCACAAGGACUCAGCUAUGUCCUCCAAAUCCACCCUAGGCUGUAAUGAGCUUAUUGAUUCUUCUUGUUGAUCAGUAGGAUCUGCUCUCAAACCCUGAGGUCAAAGGCUGAUUCUGAUUGCUUUCAAUUCUUUAGAUUCUGAGAUACCUCCUCGUGGGGCAUUCCCUAAAUAAACUCAUGCAUUCCUAGCCUCUCAUCUGUGGUUUUUGGACUAGUAGAUAUUGACAGAACUUCUGAGAGGUCACACUGUAUUAUAAGGAAGAUUUAUUAUGCUGCCAAAUAGUCUAUUUUUGCUUGUUGAACGGAGUGAUAGGAUUGUUUCUACAGAAGUGCUUCCAAUUCCUUCAAAGGAUGGUAGUUGGUCAUUCAUUCCAACACGAAGUUGAUGUCUGCUCUCCUGUCUGUAAUUAUGUAUUUGUAGUGAGGUAAGCCCACAUGUCACUGUAAACACAAAAGAUAUAGGAGGAAAUAGAGUAACAGAUCUCUCCUCACCAGCAUCUGCUCAUACCGUAAAUUAACAUGUUCCUUUAUAGUCUCUCCAUUUUUGAACCAUUACUACUAUUACUACUACUUCAAGUGAUGGUACCUAUUGUAUUCCACUGAGGGUUUUCGUAUGCACACCGUUUGUCCGGAGCUGGAGAAUUUGAAAGUAGUAUAGUCCAUUGAUCCACGCAUGCGCCCAUAGCUCACCUCAUGGUUUCAUCUGAGGUAAGAAAUAGCAAGGCAGGCUGAUCACAUCUCCAGUUCCUUCUCAUUGCUGCAUGGUCUGGGUCAGAACUAUUAGUGUCCUCUUGCGUAUGACACACUUCUAAAAAUAUAUAGUUUUACAUAGUUAAUUUUAGAGUAUUUUACUGUAUAUAGUUUUUAGUAGUUUAUUAGUUUUAGGAGUAGUAAUGGGACUUCGGGGGAUUUGCUUCUGAGUAAACACUCCCCUCCUUCCCCCCAACCCAUGUGUGGGUACUGGACUAUGCCGAAGACUCCAGGCUUUUAAAAUCUGCACCUCCUGCCCAUAUUCCUUCUCAGUCAGCAAUGAACAUCAACGCUGCCUCUACUGCUUGGGAGAAGCCUAAUUGAAUCUAGCUGCAGUAUCUACCAGUCCUUCCCCAGCCAUACCCAUAUCUCCCCAUCUCGGGCGCCUUGAAGCAGAUGCUCUCUGCAUCUGGAAGCACCUCUUGGAAGUCACCAUGAGACCUCAUUCGGAGCCAGGCCGGGCAACCCACCGGUACAUCGGCCCGAGACAGCCAGGAGGAGUGUGCUGCCGGCUACAGAGUCAGAGUCCAGCACCAGCAGUACCACCACUAUUCACCCCACGCUGGGGCCUAGUCAGUAAGUAAGGAAGCAUGCACAUAAGCAUGGCAAAAAGAAAAGGAGUACUUGUGGCACCUUAGAAACUAACAAAUUUAUUUGAGCAUAAGCUUUCGUGAGCUACAGCUCACUUUAUCGGAGCUGUAGCUCACAAAAGCUGAUGCUAAAAUAAAUUUGUUAGUCUGUAAGGUGCCACAAGUACUCCUUUUCUUUUUACGAAUACAGACUAACACAGCUGCUUCUCUGAAAUAAGCAUGGCAGUAACUAUUCCUCCAAACCUAACAAAGAGGACGCUCCUUCGAUGAAUUCCAGUCAUGGGGAGGGAGUGCGCUCUAAAACACACAAACACAAAAAGAGACCACACAAACUGACAGAUCCACCAGUAUCAGGUACCAAAUCUCACACACCAUCAACAUCGGCAUCCCUCAGAGUUUGAAAUCCACCCACUCUGGGAAGAUGACCCUCUUGUACCGAUUCCAGGAACAGAAAAAGUACUCUUCACUCCAGGGAGGUCAGAAAAGGGGCCAGAGCCCUAGGAAUUGUUUGCCGUGGGAAAGCCGAAGUCUUCACACCUUCUGGAACCAUCUAUUUCCAAGAGACUAUAUCUCCUGCUCAGGACAUGCCAAAGCUGAAGCACCCCUUGCCCCCUGUUCCUGUGAUGUACCUGGUUCCACCGGCUCUGCUGGUAAUACCGAUGGAACUGGUCUCCGGAUUUUUGUCUUUGGAGGAGUUGGAUGAGGGGCAGGGACCGUCCAUCCCCUCCCAUCCGUAUGAGUAUCAGUGGAGGCCUUCUAUAUCAUAGCAAUAUGCUCCACUCCAGUUGCCAUGGAGUCACUGGUUCCCCACACCAUGCGGCCCGCUACAACCUCUGGAUCCAUCAUUCGGCUCUAUUGGGCACCCUGUCCCCAAUACCCACCCUCAAAACCCUGUUCUGUGAGGGAAACUUCUGUUCUGUUCUCUGUUCUGUGAGGGAAACUUUGCCUGUCUCAGGUGCCUUCAGGUGGAUGCUUGGAACCAGUGAUAGAAGAAGAGCUGCCCAGUCUGGUUCCGAUGGUGCCACUGAAGCAGGAAAGAUUCCCAUCGUCCUCACCUGAUGUGGCAGUGGCUUGGGCAUCUCCCCCACCCCCUGAGGACUACUGCCAAUGCCAAGAUCUCCGGCAUAGAGUGGCAGCUGCACAUUCCCCUGGAGCUGAUCUAAGACACUCAGCAUAAGCUGCUGGACAUACUUCGCUCAUCGGUUGCCAUGUAGAGUUGCUCUGCCAAUCAACAAUGCCAUCCCUGAACCAGCUAGAAUGAUUGACAUAUGCCAGCCACAUGUAUGCAUACCCCCAAGGAUAGAAAAAUACUACUCAGUACCAGCUAAAUAGGCUGAGUUUCUUUUCUCACCCUCCCUCCCAAUUCACCUGUCCAGGUGACAAUGAAAUGGACUAGACAACAGCACCCCAUGCUCCACCGCAUUCAAUAAGGAGAGCAAACAGUUAGACCUUUUGAGCUGCAAGAUCUUCUCAGCCAGUUUUCAAUUCAGGGUUUCAAAUUAUCAGACAUUAUUUGCCAAAUACAAUUUGCUGAAUUACAGCAAACUGGAGGACUUAGCUGAAAAACUGCCACAAGAAGACUGUGCCCACUUCCAGGCAAUAAUAGAAAAGGGGAAAUUAGUAGCAAGGACAUCGUUUCAAUCAGCAGUGGAUGUGGCAGAUACCUCAUCACGCUCUCUGGCUACAGGUGUAGUCAUGCAGAGGGAAUUGUGGCUCCAUUCUUCUGGUUUUCCCAGGGAGAUAUAAAAUACCACUGAAAACCACCCUUUCAAUGAAUCCCAUCUUUUUAAACAGAAAAUGGGAAUGAUUCCCUUCAAACCCUCAAUUAUUCAAGAGCUACACUUUGUUCUUUGGGUAUUUACGCACCUACGCCGAAAUGUAAAUUCUACCUCCCACACAGCAUUACAGAAUCUCCCAAUUUUUCCAUCAGAGGCCUUAUGAACAACCAUGGAAGCAUCAAAAGACUCAAAGAUCUCGUCCUCAGGGUCCACUCUCACAGCCUUCCUCCUUCCAGAUAUAACCCCCACAGGAGAGAGAUUUCUGAGGAACUCUAGAGAGCCAUCACCACCUUGCCUACUGCUAUACAACCACCCCACUCCUUUCCAGGGUGAUCUAGCACUCUUCUUACCAGGCUGGAAUCAAAUAGCGAUAGACAAGUGCUUGCUAAAUGUAAUAUGAUAGAGUUCAUCAUGGUACCUCAUCCAGAGCCCACUCCCCAAUCCCUCCACAGGGACCCCUCUUGCAACAGCAUCCUGACCUAGAGAUGAACUCCUUACUGCAAAGAGGAGCAAUAGAGUUGGAAUACCGAGGGAUGGGAUUCUAUUCAACUUCUUCCUUUUUGGGUGUCAGGAAAUGUGGAUGGAAGCCAAUUCUGGUCCUCCACCAUCAUAAUCGCUUCAGCCACAAACCCAAGUUUCAUAUGGUCACAUUAGCAGCAAUCGUCCCAUCAUUAGAAGAAGGCAUGUGAUUUACAGCUCUUGAUAUGCAGGAUGCUUAUUUUCACAGACAUUCAUCUGACUGACAUAUGGUUCCUGAGGUUCACCAUCAGCUUACACCAUUUUCAAUACAGAGUCCUUUCAUUUGGACUCACCACUGCUCCAAGGGUCUUCACCAAGGUUUUCUCCAUCAUGGUGGCCUACCUCAGGCAUUAUGGGGUCCUUGUAUUCCCCUAGCUCAAUGACUGGCAAGGAAAUUAUUCAUGAAACUGGAGAAGAUGGGGAUUAAUACAUGAAUCAAAAGGUGGAUAAGGAACUGGUUAAAUGGAAGACUACAACAGGUCAUACUGAAAGGUGAACUGUCAGGGUGGAGGGAGGUUACUAGAGGAGACCCUUAAGUAUCUGUCUUAAGAUCAAACUAAUUUAACGUUUUUAUUAAUGACCUUGGCACAAAAAGUGGAAGAGUGUUAAUAACAUUUGCAGAUGACACAAAGUUGGGAGGUAUUGCGCAUGUUGGGGAGAAGUGGAAUAUCAUACAUGAAGAUUUGGAUGACCUUGAAAACUGGGGAAAUAGAAAUAGGAUGAAAUUUUAUAGUGCAAAGUCAUGCAGUUAGGGACUAACAACAAGAAUUUUAGCUACAAGUUGGGAAUUUACCAGUUGGAAGUGGCAGAGGAGGAGAAAUGCGUGGGUGUAUAGGUCGAACACGGGAUGACUAUGAGAUGUCAAUGUGAUGUGGCUGUGAAAAAGGCUAAAGCAAUCCUAGGAUACAUCAGGUGAGGUAUUUCCAGUAGAGAUAGAGAAGUGUUAUUACCAUUGUACAAGGCACUGGUGAGACCGCCUCUGGAAUUGCUGUGUGCAGUUUCCAGUGUUUAAGAAAGAUGAAUUCAAACUGGAACAGGUACAGAGAAGGGCUGCUAGGAUGAUCAGAGGAAUGGAGAACUUGCCUUACGAGAGGCGACUCAAGGAUCUUGGUUUGUUUAGCCUAACAAAACAAAAGCUGAGAGGGGAUAUGAUUAUCCCUCUGAUGUAUUAAUAGAGAGAGAACACCGGGGACGGAGAGGAGUUAUUUAAAUUAAGGGCUAAUGUUGGCACAGGAACAAAUGGAUGUAAACUGGCCAUUAACAAGCUUAGGCUUUCUAAAGAUGAAGAUUUCUAACCAUCAGAGGAGUGAGGUUCAGGAACAGCUUUUCAAGGUGAGUGCUGGGAGCAAAAAGCCUAACUUGUCUCAAGACUUAGCUUGAUAAAUUUAUGGAGGGGAUGGCAUGAUAAGAUCGCCUUCAAUGGCAUAUGGCCCAUCUGCAUCUGCUAUUAGCAAAUAUCUUCAACUGCCGGAGAUCAGACACCAGAUGAGGAGGGUUUUGAGUUGGUGGGUCUCACCCACGUGCUCAGGGUCUAACUGGGUGGAUACCAUAUUUGGGGUCAGGAAGGAAUUUUCCCACAGGUCAGAAUGACAGAGACCCUGAAGUUUUUCACCUCCCUUUGCAGCAUGGGGUAGGGGCAGGGAUGGAUUACCCAAUAGGCAAACUAAGCACAUGCUUAGGGUACCAGCAAAGCAGGCGGCACCAAAAAAAGAUUUUUUUUUUAAAAAAAAUUGAUAUUUAAUAUUUCAAAAAAAGCAUUGAAGUAAUCAUCAUGGGAAAAAUCAGAACUUUGUUAGACUUCUUUACACUCCACUACAUUCUUUCCCCGUUUUUCUGUGUUCUUUUUAUUACUUAUCCCCACCUAAAUCAGGGGGGAGUCCUACUAACGUAGAUCGAAAUAAUGCGAGGAAAUCAGAUCCUGUCAUAUAUUGCAAUAAAUUUAUUUUAUUAUUGA